CAUUUCCUCUAAGACAGGCCAAGAUGAGGAGCUGGUGGCUGUCUCUGCUGCUCGUCUCUGCUGUCACUUUACACGGCUGUCUCUCUGACACUGCAGAGCCUGAGGUCCAAGAUGGAAGAUCUAUAGGAGACAUCAUUGACCUCUACAACCAGAGGGAGGGGGUCACAUACUUAUAUAAAUCCCUGGACCAGCUGCCCCCUGUUCCAAUGGAGGAAGAUGAAAAUCCGAACAGAAGAGGCUUUAUUAUUAAAGAGACGGUGUGCCUCAAAACCGAGAAUCCUGAUUUAUCGCAGUGUGAUUUCAAGCACGACGGAGAUGUAAAGAUCUGUUCUCUGGAUUUGGGUGAUGAGGAUCCUGAGGAUAUAAUGUGCAUCAGUCUGAACAAGGAGGUCCGUGUGAAGCGGUCCAACAGAAGGAAACCAUGCAGGGGAAGGUCUUGCAGCCCGUGGCUAAGAGGAGGUUAUACUCUUAUCGGCAGACCCGCUAAAAACCAAAACAGACCUACCUUCAUAACGGUGUGAAGAUCUGCAGUCAACGAUGGAACGAGAUCUGAGAUUGUGGCUUAUGACAAGCACAUUACUGUUAUAAAGCUUUACUAGUUAUUAUUAUCAGGUGCGAGGUGGCACAUUGCGAAUCCCUCCUUACUUCUCCUGACCUCUCCCAUCUUCACUCUGGUCUGUGGAGGAGAGAUUUCAGGAGUUUCAGCUUGCUAUGAGAUCAGCCAUGUUCUGUCUGUGGAACGUUCUGAAUGGAUACAAUGUUACAAAUAAACGUAGCAACAAAUAA